AGGCAUGCUGGGAAGGGUAGGCCGGGAAGUGAACCAAACCGGAAGUGCUGGGUGGCCGCAGUUCCCAUGGUUACCGCGGCCGGGGGUCGCGGAGCGCCGCCAUGUCCUUCAAGCGGGAGGGGGAUGACUCGGGCCAGCUGAAUGUGCUGCAGAAAAGAAGAGUUGCAGAUCUGCUGGCAAACUACAUCCCAGAGGACGAGGCGCUGUUGCUAAGGAACGGCAGAUACGCCUGCACAGUGUGUUUCCACCGUCCAGUCUUUGACACACUUGACAUGCUGACGGUCCAUAGGGCCGGCAAGAAACACGUAGCUAGCCUGCAGACGUUCUACGGAAAGAAGCGGUCACAUGAGAAUGAGGUGCAGAAGCGGCGGCAGCAGGAGUUCCUGCGGGCAGAGGAGGCGGGCACGCAGGAUCUUGCGUUUCCUGCACCCUUGCUGGCUCAGACCAGGAAGAUUGCCCAGAACGCUUUGCUGAAAGCCUCUCCCUAUAACAGCUGCUGCCGAAGGAACAGGUCCGAUGGCAGCAGCUCAAGCGUUAGUUCUUCUGGGAGGGAGCCUGCUGCCCCCACUGCCUUCAGGAGUGCUGUUGGGAAGCAGCCGGCAGAGCCGGGAAGCUCCGUGGCGAGAGGUGAAGAGGAAUGUGCCGCUGCGGACGCCCCCCACUCCAUGCGGCUUCCUGGACAUGCCAGCCCUCGAGCAGAUUUGCAGAAGGAACCUGCUGCGAGGAUCAAGAGAAGCAGCAAAGGAAAAUCCUCCUUGUCUCCCCAGCCUGAAGCCAUCAGCCCUGAGAAGCGCCAAGCUCUGGAGCAUUAUCUCCUGCUCAGGAGGCUGGAUCCAGGACACUUCCGGCAAGUGGGUGAAAGACGAGAACGUGGAGUUUGACUCUGACGAGGACGAGCCACCGUCUCUGCCUCCAUGCUGACUUCUCAGCCUCUCCAACAAGUGAGAUACCCCCAGGAACCGGACCCGGUACCGAGCAACGCUGACCGAUCUCUUGGGAUGAGGCUGGCAGCGGGGGCAGGAACGGCCUGUCUGCAUCUUCUCAUGGCUUUGACUUGGGAUAUAAAUCACCAGGGAAGAAGGAUGUUUCCAAACAAUUCCUAGAAACCCCCAUCACCGCUUCAUUGUAUCCACAGACACUGCUGGGGUCACUCACAGUGGGAGCUGUCAUGUUGCCACUGCCAAAGGUUCCCAGCACGAGGUCUGCUCUGUCUCUGGGGAUGAGCACAAGGGUGAGACACAGCUCUCGGCGGGACACGGGAAAGUGGAGAGUGUCGGAGGAAGUCAGUGCUUCGGGCUCAUCUAGCAUCUUUCAACCCAGGAUCUUAAAGCUUCUCCCAGAGGGAGGAAAGUAUCAUGCCCCUUUCAUGUGGGGAAACUGAGGCACAGACUGGCAGCAAGGAAUGGAACUCAGGAGUCCUGACUCCCACUUAUGUUCUGAUCACUUUUAUUAGGUGUAUUACGGUAGCACUUAGGCAUCCCAGCUGCUGAUCAGGACCCCAUUGUGCUGGGCACUGCACAGAUACAGAACAAAGGAGACGCUCUCUGCCCCCCAGAGCUCACGGGACAAUGCUCUCUCCUAACAGGCAAUUCUCUGGCCUUUUUUCCGGUGGUUUAAGUUUGUUUUUAAAAAGUCGAUCCUCAAAUCGAAUUGGCUUCUCCCUGUGCUGCGGGGGUGGCUUGGUACAUUAAAAAGCAAUACAGACGUCUUCUGUUCUCCUACUUCCUGGGGCCUAUUCUGCAGCAGCCCACGGGUGAGGUGGCACCUUCCUAUUUGCAUUACAUUUGACGCUUCAUUUCAAAUAUACGUAUGUUAGCGACCACACACAGUAACAAGGAAAAGGGUGGUGGUCCCUGUGAGGCAUUCCAGGGCCUGAGAACAUGCUCAAUUGUAAAUAUGGGAGCAGUCCCAUUUGAAAUCAGGGCUUACAGUUGAGCACAGGCUUAAGUGCUUUGCUGGAUCAGAGGGCUAAAAUUAUUGUUAUUUAUUAGAUGUAUUAUGGUAACACCCUAAAGCCUCGGUCAUGGACCAGGACCCUGUUGUGCUAGGCGCUGUAUGUUAUGUAUUAAGUGUAUUACGGUAAUGCUCAGGCACCCUAGCCAUGAACCAGGAACCAAUGGCACUAGGUGUUGGAAGUUAUCUAUUAGUUAUAUAUUACAUGUACUACGGUAGUGCUCCAAGCCCUAGCCAUGUACGAGGUACCCAUAUUAGGUGUAUUACGGUAGCACCUUAAAGCCUUGGUCAUGGACCUGGACCCUCUUGUGCUAGGUGCUGUAUGUUAUGCAUUAGGUGUAUUACGAUACUGCUCAGGAGCCCUAGCCAUGAACCAGGAGCCCCUAUUAAGUGUAUUACGCUUGCGCUCAGGCAUCCUAGCCAUGAACCAGGACCCCAUGGCAUUAGGUGUUGUACGUUAUAUAGUAGGUGUAUUACAGUAGCGCUCAGGAGCCCUAGCCAGGAGCCCAUAUUAGGUGUAUUAUGGUAGCACUCCAGCGCCGCCCCCCAGCUAUGGGCUAGGACCCCCUGGUGCUAGGCACUGAACAAACACACACCAGACCAAUGUCCCUGCCCCCCAGAGCUCCCAGUCUCCCAGUUGUUUUUUCCCUGUUGCCCUUGUGGGUCCUUAGAUCCAGUCAUAGAAACGCAGAGGCCAGAUCAUCUUCCUUCCUAGUCCUUGGUCAGACUGGUGUAACUCCACUGAUCAGGCAUCAUGCCUGAUUUGCACCAGGAGAGUGAGAAGCGAGCAACUCUUGGUUCCCACUGACCCAGCUGAGCUUUCCAGGUUUAGUCAGCCCUCGAUUUGCACCCUGGCCCGUUCCUAUCCCCAUUUCCCGCCUCCCUGACCCAGUAUCCUCCCUGCUCAGGCCACAGCAAGGCCUUGGGGUUGGCCCCUCCAGAUGUCCUGGCUCCUGGUCAGUUUUCUAGCUGCUGUGCAUGCUGGCAGACCUCAGAGCCUUGUGGGCCUUCAACGUUCGAAUCCUGAACGUUCCCAGCGACUGUGCUUGCACUGAGUUUCCAGCGUUUGUUAAUACAGCUUGAACUCUGCCAGGCAUGAGCACAGGGGGGCUAACUGGCCAGCCGCCUUUCUGCUCGGGGCCCAGAACUUGCAGGUGGAGGGUCAGCUCAGGUCGUUAAAGCGACCUCAGCAAGGGUGGGAGCCCAGGGCCUCGACCCACCUGCUGAGCCGCUUGUGAAAGCGACCGGGUUGCAUCUCCUGUUCAGUUCAACAAGGAUGGAGGCUGCAUGUGAGGCCCUUUCACCAGCCCCUCAAGCACCCCUAGUUGGUUCACGUCCUGCUUCGAGGAGCUAAGGAGGACAACAGCUGAGGGAAGGGGGUGCGGAUUGGCAUCAGGUGUGGGGCCUCUGGAUCAGCACCGGAGGGCCCUGGCUUGGAAAAAGGAUUGUGAAGCUACUGGCCCUGGUGUUCUUCCAUGCAGCCCUCGGGGCCUCCCAGAGGGCGCCGUAAGCUUAGUUAUUGGGAGACACAACGGCAGCCUGGAGGCCUGCCGGCUCCCCCCUCCACUUCUACUCCUCGUGAGGUCUGGUGGGGCAGGCCUGGGCCACAGGACAGCCGGGCUCCCUUCCUGACUCUGCUACUGAUAUGCUCCAUGACCAUAAGCGAGUCCCUUGCCCUCCCUGUGCCUCAGUUUCCUUGUGUGUGUCUGCUCUAUUCAGACUUUGAGCUCUUUAAGGUAGGGGCUGUCUCUCACGCUGGGGCUGCAGUGCCUGGUGCGAGGGGCCCCUGUCUAGCCACCACUGUCGGACAGUGAUAAAUCUAAAUACUGGGGUAAAGUUUCCUCCCUGGCAGCGUCCGCUCCACUGCAC